AUGCCCAGUGAAGAGAUUGAUUGGGCUGAGCUGGCAAAACAGUGGAUUGCUCAGAAGGAAGCAAUGUCAUCAGGGGCUAGUGAAGAUGCUACUCAACCUCUACCUCCACAGCAGCAGCAGCAAAUUCCACCCUUACAACAGAUUCCUCAGGCUCAACAGCAGCAUUCAGUUCCUCCUCCUCCUCCUCCUCCUUAUCCACCUCUUCCUUCUGAAGUAAAGCCUCCUAAUGUAGUUGAAGGGAGUUCAGAAGGAGUAAGAGAAACUGAUAGUAAUACAGGAAGUGCUGCAGGAACAAGCACAGGUGGGACUGGUCCCCCACAACCUCUGUUACUUGAACAUAUACCCCAUCCUUUACAGCCAUUGCAUCCACAGAUAUCUGGUGAAACCCAAAAUGAAAUGGACAUAUCAGAUGGGGAAAAUGAAGGUGGAAGUCGUGAAUCAAGCUAUAAAAAUGUGACACCUCUUCCCAAUCAACCGAUGACCUCUAACUUACCUUUGAUGAACCAGCCUCCACCAACUCAAACAAUACCACCUGGGGACUGGAACUGGAAUAUUGGUAAUUGGAAUGUUCCUCAACAUCAAGGUGCUGCUCCCCCUACUUGGAGCAUGCAACAUCAUCCUGUCUCAGAACAUGAAGAAAAUCAGUCAUAUGAUUAUAUCCAUGGUAAUGGCAAUUUCCAUCAGAGUUUUGAUUACAACCAUGGGAAUGAUCAGUUUAGGUAUCAACAGAGUGAAGACAGUUGGAGGCAUGAUUCAAAUCAGAACCGAAAUUUCCGCUCAAGCCGUGGAAACCGGAGCAGAUCUCCUUCAAAACCCCAUAUUCCAGCAAAUCCUGUUGAUGAUACAGGAAUUGAUGCUACAAAAAGGAAGAACUUGCCUGCUUGGAUUAGAGAAGGUUUAGAGAAAAUGGAACGUGACAAGCAAAAAAAGUUAGAAAAGGAAAGAAAAGACAAAGAACAAUUUGAAGCUUUAAAAGCCCAAGAAAGUGCAGAGCGAGAUGCUGAAGCAGUUUUAAAGGAAAAUGCAGAAGAGAAAAGAAGUGAUAAUGAAAAGGAAUCUUUUCCUUCUAAAAGUCGCUUUGAGUCUGAUGAGGAAGGAGCUGUAAAAAGUGAUCAUGAACCCAGAUUUUCUAAAAUUGAAAAAUGUUCUCCAUCUCCUGAUGAAUUUAAAACUGAAGAGGAGAAACAAGCAGAAUUACAAGUGAAAGUUCGUAGAUACCUUACUGAAAUCCUCUUGGAAGUUACCAACACUGAAAUAGAAUCUAUAGCAAAAGAGGUAUAUUUCAAGGCCAGAAAUCGAGCUGCUAAAGCUCCAGCAAAGCAGCUAGCCAAGUCCACUGCUUUGGCCUCUUUGUCAAGUCUUGGUGUUGGUUCAGAUUCUGCUAGUGAUGAUGACAAGAAUGAAGGAACUUGCCAUAAAGUAAGGAAGCACACAGACGAUGACAGUGAUGAGGAAUCUGAUAAUGCUUUGCAUGAGAGAAUCCGACAACGGCAGUUGUCACGACAACAGCGUAGGAAUUUCAGUAGCAGUGAGUCCGAUUCUGAAAGAGAUCCAAGUCCAUCACGAUCUCGUGAAAAAUCAGCUGCAUCUCUCAUGAUCGUUCAAGCAGCAAAAGGCGCAAUGCUAAAUAUAGUACUGAUCAUUGGUAUGAACAGCGAUCAGAACGCUACAAACAUGCACGAGAAAGAAGUGAUUAUGACAGAAGUGGUAAGAGAUCAAGUCGCAAACACAAGUCUAGAUCCAGAUCAAGAUCCAGAUAUAGAUAACUUAAGGCAGAUGGUAAUUCCCCAACCCCCCUAA